AUGUCCUUACCACAGGGCUUUGGUAGUCAGAGGAAGACUAGAGUGUGUAGACUAUUCAAGUCCCUAUAUGGUCUGAAGCAGGCCAGGAGGCAAUGGAACCUGAAGCUGACUUCAACCCUUGUAGACUCUGGUUUUAGCCAAAGCAAACUAGACUAUUCCUUAUUUACCAAAAAGAGUGGUAGGGAUAUAGUAAUCAUAUUAGUAUACGUAGAUGAUCUCCUAAUUACAGGAAGUGACAAUGAUCUAAUACAAGAUGUCAAAAGGAUUCUGAAUGUUCAGAAUCUAAGUCAAUUCAUGAAUGCACCAAAGCAAUCUCACUAUGAAGCAACCCUAAGAGUAGUAAAAUAUGUGAAAAAUAGCCCAGGGAAAGGUCUUCUGAUGAGUAGCAAACAGAGUGGCAAGGUUAUGGCAUUUUGUGAUGUUGAUUGGGCAUCAUGCCCAGUAACCACAAAAUCAGUAAUAGACUAUUGCAUAAAACUUGGAGAUUCAAUGAUUUCCUGGAAAUCCAAGAGCAGAGUACAAUUUCAAGAAGCUCAGCAGAAGCAGAAUACAAGAGCACUAUGGCCACAACUGUAG